AUGUCACGUACACCAAACAUCAACUCUAGUGGCUGGCUACAGCUAUGGGGACCCAACAACCAAUCGAAUACAGCCGAUUACAACACCAAUAAUGAGAGAGAGGAUGUACCUUCUUCUAACUCUGCAACAAAGUUAACGAAUGAUGAUCUAAAGAAGCGAGACCUGGAAUCAAAGAAGGAUCGGGAUUCAGCGAAGGCAAUAAAGCCUAAGGCCUCUUCAUCAUCUUUAGUAAAUAAUGCCAAUAACUGGCUUAAUUGGUCUUCAAAGAGCAAAGUGGACAAUGUUGAACACCAUUUAGAUAAUGAUGAUAAUAAUGAACAACAUCUGGAAGAAAAUAAUGAUGCUGAGCACCAAGACAAUGAAAUAGAUGAUAGAGAAAAUGAUGACUAUCUUCCAGAUGAUAAUGGUGAUGAAAUUGACGAGCAAAUUUCAAACGAUAAUAGAAAGAAACCUUCUUCUUCUUGGACUUUCUGGAACAAUGGAAGUCAUAGUGCUGGUGACAACGACACAAAUAACAAUAAUAAGGAUAAAAAGGAAAAAGAUAAGAAAAUAAGCAACACCAACAGAAUUCUUCAAUCAACCCCUUCGCUCCCAAACAAAGAGGAUAUAUCUGAUAGCAAUGAACAAAAGGCUACUAAAAUAGAUAAAGCAAACGAUAAGACAAAUGAUAAGGAAGAGGGUACACCACCAUUAUCUGAACAGAGUGGAGAAGAUGAUGCUGUUUUGUAUAAGCCUCAUGAUAAUGCUAAACAGUUUAGUAAGAUUAACACCCACAAGAAUGAAAACCUUAAGGAAAAUGUCAUUGUUCCAGAUUGGCGCCUGUGUUUACCUCCCCAAAAUUCUUCUUCUAAUUCGUUAGCCACUACUUUAUUUGGCAAUUCAUCUACUAUGAAUCAAGGAACUACCCCUAGUUCCAAAGCCGAUGUGACGAACUGGAGGCAAUUUAUUUACCAAUUAUCAACUAAAUUGGGUUUCAAUACUCAGUCCCUAACAAAUGUGGUUGAAAACGAAAGCGAUAAGGGUAGUGAUAAUUCAACUACAAAUAGUAAUGAACGAAUGGAAAAGGAAUUUGACUUAAUUUACGAAAAGGCAUACAGGUUAUAUGGUAGAUCGUUGGCUAAAUUACCGCCUGCCAAGAGAGCUUGUUUACCUAAUUACGAUAAAUUUUACACAAGGCUAUCAAAUGAAGAGUCCACUGAACGUACUACUCUGGGAGAUAAUCAACCAGAUGAUGGUUCGAAUGAUCCAAAUUCAAUUUCCAUUACUAAUGAUCCAAUGGGUAAUUUAUUGAUCAAUCACAAACCCCGUCCUGCAAAGAAUUCUAAAUUGAACAUUAGUUCAUCAGAUAUAGUAACACAUAAAUCCGGUCCUUUGCAUAAAAUUAAGAAGAUUUUGAUUAUUGGUGUUCAUGGAUUUUUCCCGACUAAGAUGAUUAGACCUCUUAUUGGUGCUCCAAAAGGUACUUCUUUAAAGUUUGCAAAUGAGGCUGAAAAGGCGCUUAUUCGAUAUUGUAUUGAAAAUGGCCUAAUUACAGAAGAUGAAUCUUGCAAUGUUAGUAUCCAGAAAAUUGCUCUCGAAAAGGAAGGUAAAAUAUUUGAUAGGGUGGAAUUCUUCACAGAAAUUUUAACUUCAUGGCAAAAAGAAUUAAACGAAGCUGAUUUUAUAUUUGUUGCAUCACAUUCUCAAGGGUGCGUCGUAUCGAUUAUUCUUUUGGCGAAGCUUAUUAAAAUGGGUAUUUUAAAGGAUCCAAUUAAGAAAAGGAUUGGCAUUUUAGGUAUGGCAGGUAUCAAUAAUGGUCCAUUUUACGGCGUUGAUAAGUCGUUCUUUAUGAAAGCUUAUUCGGCGAUUGAACAUGAAUCAAUGACAGAAUUAUUUGAGUUAACUAAAUUUACCAGCAAACAAUCUUUGGUUUAUAAGGAAUCCACUCAAAUAAUCAUAAACGCAAAUGUUAAGAUUUGCUUUAUUGGAUCCAUAAAUGACCAGUUGGUGCCUUUAUAUUCUGCAUUAGCAUCUCAUAUAUUUCAUCCCAAUAUUUAUAGAGCUUGUUACAUCGAUCAUUCAUCGCAAACACCGCUCUUUGUUCAAAAAUUGGUCUCUUUAUGUUGUCAAUUACAGAACUUGGGUUAUUUUGACAACAAUGUUCUAAAAGAGCUAAGUACUGUAUUGGCAGGUCCGUUGACCGGAGGUGGCCAUUCUAAGAUAUAUAAUGACGGUAAAGUUUACGAUCUAGGCAUAAAAUUUGUUUUGGAUACUGACGAUGUUGUCAUUCCUCCAACCCUGUCGUCUACAUUAUUAACAAAGGAUUUUCCAUACCCUUUUGAAUUGAAUAAGAUAAGUUCGAAAACCAGUUUAGUGACAAGCGGUGUUGGGACUUACGGCCCAAUCGAUCAUGUUGAUGAGGUAGAAGAGGUUGUGAAAGUACCAAUUACCAAUCACGUGUAUAUUAAGGAAUAUAAUGUUGGCAAGAUAGGUACUAAUCCUUUCAUAUUGCCUUGGUGCUUGCGAGGCUUGAUUUUUAAUAUUGAAAAGAAUUGGCCGAAUAACAAUAAGUUAUUAACGGUAGAUAAUGGUGAUGAUAUGGGUAAAAAUGGUUACGACGAAAUUAGCGAAUUGUAUGAACUGUUUGAAAAUUGGAAACCCGAUAGUAAACUAUUAAAGGACUUGAAAUUUAGACUUAACGGUAUUAGAGCUAGCAAGCUCUAA